GGCGCGGCUGAGCCCCCCAGCCCCGCUGCGCCGCCGGCCCCGCCCGCCGCCGCCAUGGCCGGUAAGCCCCGCAGCGGCUGCGAGGCGCUCCGGGUGGUGGCCCGGUGCCGGCCCAUGAGCCGGCGGGAGGAGGCGGCGGGAUACGAGCGCGUCCUGGAGCUGGACGUGAAGCUGGGCCAGGUGAGCAUCCGCAACCCCCGCGCCGCCCCCGGGGAGCUGCCCAAGACCUUCACCUUCGACGCCGUGUACGACGCCAGCUCCAAGCAGGCCGACCUCUACGAUGAGACGGUGCGGCCGCUCAUCGACUCGGUGCUGCAGGGCUUCAACGGCACCGUCUUCGCCUAUGGCCAGACCGGCACCGGCAAGACCUACACCAUGCAGGGCGCCUGGGCGGAGCCCGAGAAGCGCGGCAUCAUCCCCAGCGCCUUCGAGCACAUCUUCACCCACAUCUCCCGCUCGCAGAACCAGCAGUACCUGGUGAGGGCCUCGUACCUGGAGAUCUACCAGGAGGAGAUCAGGGACCUCCUCGCCAAGGACCAGAGCAAGAAGCUGGAGCUGAAGGAGAACCCCGAGACCGGGGUGUACAUCAAGGACCUCUCCUCCUUCGUGACCAAGAACGUCAAGGAGAUCGAGCACGUGAUGAACCUGGGCAGCCAGACGCGCUCCGUGGGCAGCACCAACAUGAACGAGCACAGCUCGCGCUCCCACGCCAUCUUCCUGAUCACCAUCGAGUGCAGCGAGACGGGGCCGGACGGCGAGGAGCACAUCCGCGUGGGCAAGCUCAACCUCGUGGACCUGGCCGGCAGCGAGCGCCAGAACAAAAUGGGGGCCCACGGAGAGCGCCCCAAGGAAGCCUCCAAGAUCAACCUCUCCCUCUCGGCCCUGGGCAACGUCAUCUCGGCGCUGGUGGACGGCCGGAGCACGCACAUCCCCUACCGGGACUCCAAGCUCACCCGCCUGCUGCAGGACUCCCUCGGCGGCAACGCCAAGACAAUCAUGGUGGCCACCUUGGGCCCGGCCUCGCACAGCUACGACGAGAGCCUCUCCACCCUCAGGUUCGCCAACAGGGCCAAGAACAUCAAGAACAAGCCCCGGGUGAACGAGGACCCCAAGGACACCUUGCUGCGGGAGUUUCAGGAGGAGAUCGUCCGGCUGAAGGCCCAGCUGGAGAAACGCGGGAUGCUGGGCAAGAAGAGGAGGAGGAGCAGCCGGAGGAAGAAAGCAAUGGAUGGAGAGGGCACCGUGGACAAUGAAGGGGAGGACGAGAACGAGGACGGCCUGGAGAAGACCAUGGAGAAUUACUUGAAGGAGCAGAAGGAGAGGCUGGAAGAGGAGAAAGCCGCUAUCCAGGAUGACCACAGCCUGGUGAGUGAGGAGAAGCAGAAGCUGCUCCAGGAGAAGGAGAAGAUGAUAGAGGACCUGCGGAAGGAGCAGGAGGCCACGGAGCUGCUGGCCAUCAAGUACAAGGCCAUGGAGAGCAAGCUGCUCAUCGGGGGCAGGACCAUCGUGGACCACACCAACGAGCAGCAGAAGAUGCUGGAGCUGAGGCGGCAGGAGAUCGCUGAGCAGAAACGCCGGGAACGCGAGAUGCAGCAGGAGAUGCUGCUGAGGGACGAGGAGACCAUGGAGCUGCGCGAGACCUACACGUCCCUGCAGCAGGAGGUGGAGAUCAAAACCAAGAAGCUCAAGAAGCUCUACGCCAAGCUGCAGGCUGUGAAGGCUGAGAUCCAGGACCAGCACGACGAGUACAUCCGCGUGCGCCAGGACCUGGAGGAGGCCCAGAACGAGCAGACGCGGGAGCUGAAGCUCAAGUACUUGAUCAUCGAGAACUUCAUCCCUCCCGAGGAGAAGAACAAGAUCAUGAACCGCCUGUACUUCGACGGCGAUGAGGACCAGUGGAAAUUCCAGCCGCUGGUUCCCACCGGAGGGAACAGCUCCCAGAUGAAGAGGCGCCCGACCUCGGCCGUGGGCUACAAGAGGCCCAUCAGCCAGUACGCCCGAGUGGCCAUGGCCAGGAGAUCCCACCCCCGCUUCCGGGCUGAGAACAUCAUGUUCCUGGAGCUGGACCUGUCGCCCCCGGCCAUCUUUGAGUUUGAGCGCAGCAGGGACCCAGCGGAGCAGGACCCUCGGGCGCUGCACCUGGAGAGGCUGAUGCACCUGGACAGCCUCCUGGAGCGGCCAGCGGCCUCCCGCGUGCGCAAGUCCCGCUCCUGGUGCCAGACGCCGCGGUCGCUGCCGUCCUCCACCACCCACGUGUCCCUGGCCUCCAGCUCCCCGUGUGCCGCCCCUCUGCCGGGCCAGGAGUGACCGCCUGGACGCCUCGUCCCGGACUGAGCCCCCGAGGGCCGAGGGGGACCCGGCCCAGCGGCCCCAGCUCAUCCUUGUCCUCAGCUACUUUGUUGUGUGUUUGUGCGAGACACGGAACGGCCCCGGGCCAGGGCGGCUGCCCCUCCCUCCCUCCUCCCCUCCCUCCCUCCCUCCCUCCGCCCCCCUGAUCCGGAUCUGUCACUUUAUUUAUUUAACCUAUUUAUUUAUGGAGCGGGUGACGCGCGGAGGCAGGAUUUGUGCUCGGACUGAUGGACGUCCAGGCUGGCAGUGGGCACCGUGCUGACCCACCCAGCUCCCAGCCCUCCCCACACCGCCCUGGCACAGGGCUGGGCACGGGGACACCACCAGGACCCUGCUCCAUCCAGGCAGGAGGAGCACGGGUCCCUCUCCAGGGGUUUUGGCAGAAGCUGAGGCUGCCCUGGCCCCUGGUGCUGGCUUUGCUCUGCUGGAUCCCCGGGAAUUUGGAGAUUUCUGCGUGGAUUGGGAGACUCUGUGGUGGCGGUGCCUUGUCAGAGUCCCCCAGCGGGACUCCCCAGCCUGCAUCAGCUCUGGUGGCAGCAGGGACGCCUCAGCGACUGUGGGCACAGCUGGCACUGCAGGAGCACCAGCUCCAUCCACAGGGCUUGCAGAGUCACCAGAGCAAGUCACCCAAAGCCCAGGGCUUUGUCCAGCUGUGCCACGCUCUGGGGACACUCUGGGGACACUCUGGAGCCAGCCCCACCGAGGCUCCCGACGCCCGACCGCGGGUGUGCAGCUCCUGACAACAGCCAGAGGUGGAAUUCUCCACCCCCUUCCAACACCCUGCAGGGACACGCCCGGCCUGGGAGCAGCACUGCCUGGGAGCUCCGGGCUGACAGAGGCUCCAUCCGCAGUGGAGACAUGUGGGACGAGGAGGUGACACCCAGGGCAGCGACGGCAGCGCUGUCCCCUGGACAAUGGCACAUGGGGAUCACCUCUGUCACCUCCUGGUGGGUGUGGAAUGGUGAUGGGUAAGAGGGGGAAGCCCCGAGGACGGUGGGGAUUGAAUCCUGCCCCAGCAGCUGCAGGGACGGCGCUCGGUGCUCCUGCGGGACACGGCUUUCGGGUGAGGGAAGCUGGUGGAGACCCGUGCUGGCAGUGCCAGGCCAGCAGCUGUGCUGUCCCUUGGGCUGGUGGAGGUGGGGACAUCCCUGUGCUUGAUGAGAUCCCUGUGGAUGAGGGAGCGACCCCUGGCUCUCCUGGGUCAGCAAAGGGCCGGACAGGGAGGGCAGGUCGGAGAGGAUUGCAGGUGGGGAAUGUCCUCUGGCAGCAAAGAGAAUUCCUUCACAGGGUGGAUGAGGUUGGAAGGGACCCUGGAGCUCAUCCAGUCCCUGGAGCACGUUACUCAGGGAUGUGUCCAGGUGGGUUUGGAAUCUCCCCAGGUGGGAAGGAGACUCCAGCACUGUUCUGGGCAGGCUGCUCUUUGCUGUUGGACUGGUCCCUGCUCCCCUCGCUGGCUCCUGCACUCAGGACAGGGGUGAGGGAAGGCAAGGGAGCGAGGCACGGACCUGGAUUGGGAACAUCCAGAGGGAACCAGGAGCUGUGCCGAGCUCAGAGCCGGGCAGGUCCCUCAGCAGCCGUGUCCCAUCCACACGUGGCUGUGCUGGGCCAUCCACUGCCCUUCCAGCUGGCCCCAACACAUCCCUGCACUGCCACAGGGGAUCUUCUCCCCUUCCAUGUAACAUUGCCCUGCCUCCAGCUCUCCAUCAUUGCCCUCUGCCCCACCCUUCCUUUCCCAUCUGUGCCCCAUCACACCCUGUGUCCCUCCAAAACCUUUGUCCCCUUCUCCCCCAUCCUGGCGCCUGCCUCGGGGGCACCUUGGCAGGCUGUAGCUCGCUCCGAGGACCGAGCUCCCUCCUCUGGCAGCAGCCAGGUCCAGGCUGUGCUCAGCCUGGCAGGAGGGAGCAGGGGAAGGUAUUGGAGGAGUGACAGCCGGGUCCCUUCCAUGGUGUGGGGUCAGGUCUGGCCACAGCGUGUCCCAGGGCAUCCCCCAGAGCGAGCCGGCCCCAUGAAACCAUCCAAGGCCAGGCUGGACAGAGCUGGGAGCAGCCUGGGACAGUGGAAGUGUCCCUGCCCAGGGCAGGGGUGGCACUGGAUGGGCUUUAAAUCCCUUCCAGCCCAAACCAGCCUGUGAUUCCCUGAUUCUGUGGAACACAGCAGUUGGGAGAGCUGGUUCGUUAUUUAAUUUCCUGGAAAGCAUCUGGGAGUUGGGGUCAGGAAGCACAGACUUAGAAUGAGGAGAAGCUUGGGGGGCCUGCAGGAAUAGAAUUUCCUCCCUUCCCUGUUUUCUAGCAAUCCCAGUUCCCUUUCAGUGGAUCAGCAGCUCCUGGAGCCCCAAAGUGAUGAACCAGUGACCUUCUCUGGCCUCCCUUCUCAGCCAGGGUGUGGGAAACAACUCAGGAGCUGAGGGUGCCUGUGCCCAGGGAAGGGUGGCUGUGCCCAGGAAGGGUGGCUGUGGUCACAGUGGGAUCCUGGAAGCCCUUCCAGCAGGGCUGUGGUCACAGUGGGAUCCUGGAAGCCCUUCCAGCAGGGCUGUGGUCACAGAGGGAUCCUGGAAGCCCUUCCAGCAGAGCUGUGAUCACAGAGGGAUCCUGGAAGCCCUUCCAGCAGAGCUGUGAUCACAGUGGGAUCCUCUGGAAGCCUUUCCAGCAGGGCUGUGAUCAUGGAGAGAUCCUGGAAGCCCUUCCAGCAGAGCUGUGGUCACAGAGGGAUCCUGGAAGCCCUUCUAGCAGGGCUGUGGUCACAGAGGGAUCCUGGAAGCCCUUCCAGCAGAGCUGUGAUCACAGAGGGAUCCUGGAAGCCCUUCCAGCAGAGCUGUGGUCAUGGAGGGAUCCUGGAAGCCUUUCCAGCAGAGCUGUGGUCACAGUGGGAUCCUGGAAGCCUUUCCAGCAGGGCUGUGAUCACAGAGGGAUCCUGGAAGCCCUUCCAGCAGAGCUGUGGUCACAGUGGGAUCCUCUGGAAGCCCUUCCAGCAGAGCUGUGAUCACAGAGGGAUCCUGGAAGCCUUUCCAGCAGGGCUGUGAUCACAGAGGGAUCCUCUGGAAGCCCUUCCAGCAGAGCUGUGAUCACAGUGGGAUCCUGGAAGCACUUCCAGCAGGGCUGUGAUCACAGUGGGAUCCUGGAAGCCCUUCCAGCAGGGCUGUGAUCAUGGAGAGAUCCUGGAAGCCUUUCCAGCAGAGCUGUGAUCACAGAGGGAUCCUCUGGAAGCCUUUCCAGCAGAGCUGUGAUCACUGAGAGAUCCUGGAAGCCCUUCCAGCAGAGCUGUGAUCACAGUGGGAUUCUGGAAGCCCUUCCAGCAGAGCUGUGAUCACUGAGAGAUCCUGGAAGCCCUUCCAGCAGAGCUGUGAUCACAGAGGGAUCCUGGAAGCUCUUCCAGCAGAGCUGUGAUCACAGUGGGAUCCUCUGGAAGCCCUUCUAGCAGGGCUGUGAUCACAGAGGGAUCCUGGAAGCCCUUCCAGCAGAGCUGUGAUCACGGAGGAAUCCUGGAAACCUUUCCAGCAGAGCUGUGAUCACAGAGGGAUCCUCUGGAAGCUCUUCCAGCAGAGCUGUGAUCACGGAGGGAUCCUGGAAGCCUUUCCAGCAGAGCUGUGGUCACAGUGGGAUCCUGGAAGCCCUUCCAGCAGAGCUGUGAUCAUGGAGAGAUCCUGGAAGCCCUUCCAGCAGAGCUGUGAUCACAGAGGGAUCCUGGAAGCCCUUCCAGCAGGGCUGUGGUCACGGAGAGAUCCUCUGGAAGCAGAGCACAGGACGGGGUGGGAGCUGCCAUCGCAGGGGAUGGGAUGAGGCACUUCCAGCAUCCAAGGGCCGCUCCGGAGCCUCCCGAGCCCUCCCUCCACCGGCGGCGCUCGCAGGAGCUGUCCCAGCACACAGCGGCAGGGCGGGGAGCGCUCGGGCUGUCCGUCGGUGGCGUUCGGUGUCCGUGUGUCCCGGCGGGGCUGUUCCUCGGGGCCAGGGGCUGGGCCGGGGCUUCCUUUUGUUGUUGUUGAACUGUUCUUUUGGGGUUCAGGUUUGGCCGUUUUUCCGCGGGGAGGGGGGUGCGGGUCUGUUCCGGGUUCAUGGACAAGGUGAGGGCCUCGAUUAGGACCAAAUUUUCGUGCCUGUUGCUCUGGUGAUUUAUUUAGAAAUCAAAAGUUUACUGUCUGGUGGCCCAUCCUUGUCACUCUAUACAUAGGAAUAUACAGGACAUAUUAUAAAUAUAUAUAUAUUAUACAUAGUGUCUGGAGAGAGGCCGUUCCUGGCGGGAUGGACACUCCUCACUGUGCUGUAAUGUAGCUCCGACCCCGCGCUGGGAGCGCCCUCCAGGAUGGCAAGGACACAAUAAAGGAAUGAGCAUCGCUG